AUGCUGGUCUUUUCAUCGUCUGGCAGAGGACGGAAGCUGACAACAUCAUUCGCGGUAAGGACAGGCGACGACAAACAGGAGUAUGUCCUGAAGGCGGUGAUCUACUUUGGAGCGAGUCACUUCACGCUGCGGGUCGUAAAGGACUUGUCACAUGCCUGGUACUACGACGGCAUGAAGAGAGAUGGUGAAUUUGUUUACGAAGGACUAAUAGACGGCAUCAACCUCCGCUCUGCGAGGGGUAGAGACGCGGUAGCAGUGAUAUACGCAGCAGCAGAAUGAUUUUGUGGCGGCCGACG